UAACAGAAGGCAGCGGCUAAUCUUAGCGGUUAGCUGUGUUUUUAGCUUGUGUUACCACAGUCAUCUAAUAAGGAACCGUUUUCAGCACAUUAGCGUGGCUUUAAAGCUUAUUCAUAUCUUUAAUAAUUAUGGACACCAACAGAUAAGUUAAUUGAGUCAGCGCAGCGAGUAACGACGAGGUAGAAGAGCCUAUCACGGUUAAGCUAGCACAACACUAGGUAGACACCUUCCUAGCCAGACGUGAACGUUAGUUAACAAUAUUUAUAAAUUACAGCCAUGACACUGGCAGUUGGCCGAGAACCCAGAAAAACUGCGGGUAAUCGCAUGUCAAAAUUACUGGAUGCUGAAGAAGAGGACGAAUUCUACAAGACAACUUAUGGAGGCUUCAACGAUGAAUCAGGAGAUGACGAAUAUCAUGGAGAACAUUCAGACACAGAGGAUGAGGUAGACAGCGACUUUGACAUUGAUGAAGGUGACGAGCCAGACAGCGACCAAGAGGAGGAUGCGCCUCGGAGAAAAAGUCGGGUCGUCACCAAAGCUUAUAAGGAACCUAUAAAGGUGGCAAAACCCAAACCCAAAAGACCCUCUGAGGAACAGAAGAAGACUGAAAAAACUAAAGUGGAGCUCAAAAGGAGGAUUCCACUAGAAUUCCAAGAUUUUGGCGAGACUCGGAAGUCUGUGCGACAGUCUACCAGUGAACACACCCGAAAGACUAAUCUGCGCCUGCAAGAGCGUCAGGAUGCCCCUCGCAGACGGAGAGGUGCUCACCGUGACCGGCCCCUUACCCAGGAAGAACUGCUGGCUGAGGCCAAAAUAACCGCUGAGAUCAACAUUCGAUCUUUAGAGAACUAUGAGCGUCUGGAGGCGGACAAGAAGAAACAAGUUCACAAGAAGCGGCGUUUCGAAGGACCAACCAUUCGUUACCAUUCAGUCCUGAUGCCACUAGUCUCUCACUCAGUCCUAAAAGAAGAAAACGUGGAUGUUGAAGGGUUGGAUCAGGACGUCCCUCAGACUGCACCACAAAAUCCCACCACACCUUCCCAGCAGCCUGCAGGAGGCCUGUGCUCCCGUACUUACAUAACAUUCAGUGACGACGAAGCUUUCGAGAUGGCCUUUCCACGCAGCGCCCAGUUAAGUCCUCAGCUGCCCGUCCAGGAGGUUUGUCCUGUCACCCACAAGGCCGCACUGUAUAGAGACCCUGUCACUGAUAUACCUUACGCUAACACACGAGCCUUCCGCAUCAUCCGAGAAGCGUACCGUAAAUACGUGGCUGCUCAUGGAUUUCCAAACACUUCAGGAGGUGUGACCGGACUCGACUCGUCAGCAGCGAAGAGUGCCCGCCAGAAAAUGGUUGUCAAGCAAAGUGCUGUGGGAACAUAGAUUGUUUUCGAAAAACAAUUUAGGAAAUAAGCCUGUGCUUUUUUAAAAUAUAUUAGUAAAGUUCGAGUGACUUCAUUCACUGACAAAAAAAACCACAACCAGCUGCUGUUCAAUUUUUUGACUGGGCGACAUAAAAUUACAAGAAGUAAAAGAACUUAAUAAAAAACAAACAUUACCAAAA